AUGAACCAGCGCAGAUCCGGGGGUCUGGAGGUUGCAGCAGAGAGUGCGGGGCUGUUUGUCAUUUUGGCAGGACACACUCCCACGAGAAACUACCCACCGACUUGUUGCUGCCUCUACGCACGUACUUUUGGAGCUAUCACUUCACGGUUCUCGACACGGAGCAGUUCUAUUCGCAUUGUUUGCAUUGUUCUGUGUCUGAAAAAGCGAUCGCCGCGUGUUGGGAGACUGUGGCAGAAGCGAGGCACCGGGAGAAACAAAAACACGAACUAA